CCCUGGCGGCGCGAGAUCAGGCGUUCUCCGCGGGCAGCCCGCGGCGGGGCCUUGCUUGCUAGCGCGGGGUCCUCGGCGGCCUGGGUGGCUCUCUCCUCAGCUGCUGUCGUAGGCGCGGACCGCUGCCAGUGCGGCUGCAGUUGGCUCGCGGCGGCGGCGGCGGCGGCCGAGGCGGGGGUUGAGGCGACAGGCGAAGAGGGCGGCGGGCGCGGCGGCGGCGGAGCCCGGGGCGGGCGGCAGCGAGGGGGGCGAAGAUGGCGGAUGUGCUCAGCGUCCUGCGACAGUACAACAUUCAGAAGAAGGAGAUUGUGGUGAAAGGGGACGAAGUGAUCUUCGGCGAGUUCUCCUGGCCCAAGAAUGUGAAGACCAACUACGUGGUUUGGGGGACUGGGAAGGAAGGCCAACCCAGAGAAUACUACACAUUGGAUUCUAUCUUAUUUCUACUUAAUAAUGUGCACCUAUCUCAUCCUGUUUAUGUCCGACGUGCAGCUACUGAAAAUAUUCCGGUGGUUAGAAGACCUGACCGAAAAGAUCUACUUGGAUAUCUCAAUGGUGAAGCAUCAACAUCGGCCAGUAUAGACAGAAGUGCCCCUCUAGAAAUAGGUCUGCAGAGAUCUACUCAAGUCAAACGAGCUGCAGAUGAAGUUUUGGCAGAAGCAAAAAAACCGCGAAUUGAGGAUGAAGAGUGUGUACGCCUUGAUAAAGAGAGAUUGGCUGCUCGUUUGGAGGGUCACAAAGAAGGGAUUGUACAGACUGAACAGAUCAGGUCUUUGUCUGAAGCUAUGUCAGUGGAAAAAAUUGCUGCAAUCAAAGCCAAAAUUAUGGCUAAGAAAAGAUCUACCAUCAAGACUGACUUGGAUGAUGAUAUAACUGCCCUAAAACAGAGGAGUUUUGUGGAUGCUGAAGUAGAUGUGACCCGAGAUAUUGUGAGCAGAGAAAGGGUGUGGAGGACACGAACAACUAUCUUACAGAGCACAGGAAAGAAUUUUUCCAAGAAUAUCUUUGCAAUUCUUCAAUCCGUAAAAGCCAGAGAAGAAGGGCGGGCACCCGAACAGCGACCGGCCCCAAAUGCGGCACCUGUGGAUCCCACGUUGCGUACCAAGCAGCCUAUUCCAGCUGCCUACAACAGGUACGACCAGGAAAGAUUCAAAGGAAAAGAAGAAACGGAAGGCUUCAAAAUUGACACUAUGGGCACCUAUCAUGGUAUGACGCUGAAGUCUGUAACGGAGGGUGCCUCGGCCCGUAAGACGCAGACUCCUGCAGCACAACCGGUACCAAGACCAGUUUCUCAAGCCAGACCUCCCCCAAAUCAGAAGAAAGGAUCUCGAACACCCAUUAUCAUAAUUCCUGCAGCUACCACCUCUUUAAUAACCAUGCUUAAUGCAAAGGACCUUCUACAGGACCUGAAGUUUGUCCCAUCAGAUGAAAAGAAGAAGCAAGGCUGCCAACGAGAAAAUGAAACUCUAAUACAGAGAAGAAAAGACCAGAUGCAACCAGGGGGCACUGCAAUUAGUGUCACAGUUCCUUACAGAGUAGUAGACCAGCCCCUUAAACUAAUGCCUCAAGACUGGGACCGGGUUGUAGCAGUUUUUGUGCAAGGUCCUGCAUGGCAGUUCAAAGGUUGGCCGUGGCUUUUGCCUGAUGGAUCACCAGUCGACAUAUUUGCUAAAAUUAAAGCCUUCCAUCUCAAAUAUGAUGAAGUUCGUCUGGAUCCAAACGUUCAGAAAUGGGAUGUAACAGUAUUAGAACUCAGCUAUCACAAACGUCAUCUGGAUAGACCAGUUUUCUUACGAUUCUGGGAAACCCUGGAUAGGUACAUGGUAAAGCACAAAUCCCACUUGAGAUUCUGAAUUACUUGUUUUCCCGCUUUUCUGGAAAUCUGGAUUAAGAAGCAUGGAUACACCGUGAUCUAGAGACUGGGACUCAAGCUUUAUGAAUUUAUCAAGAACUUAACAAAUGAAGGUCACAGAUCGAUCUUUUAUAAAACCUUAUUUGAUGAUUUAUGCUUCAAAGGGAUGACGCCUGUCAUAUAAGCAAACUUUUUGGCUUACAACUAUUUUUUUAAUAUUAGCCUUCUAGUCUGUAAUGGAAAUUGUAUAUUUUGAUAGAAUUUUUUUCUCCAUUGAUUAAAUUAGCAUUACUUAAAAUUUGUUUCUUUAGAAAAUAAAUACAGGUUACAAAAGUGUGUAUAUGUAGAGGUUAUAAGGCUCUCUAAGCCAUCUUGCUUCUGAUUUUUCAUUGCUCUAUAAUUCCUUUUAUUGAAAAUACUGUGUUAUGAAUGGUAUUAAUUUUAGUCUCUGGAACUUCCAAAACCAAGCAAAGGGAUGUGACUAUUUUGAAUGAAUCAAAAUGUCAGCCUGUAUGUGUACUAUAUCUGUACUUUCUCUUUAUUUAAAAAGGAAUAAUGAAAAAU